AUGCAUCAGUGUCAGCAGUGCCAGCGGAGCUUCCGACAGCUCUCAUCGCUUCGCCAACACGAGUCCUCGAAAGGGCACCGAUCCAGCGCCUCGGCGUCAGCCGUCGUGGUCCACUCAAUCGCCGGACCGAUGACGACCACACCAGCAGAGCCAAACACGACCGUCGCGGCGCGAUACCACGGGAUCCCGGCCAGCCAGAUCAAGCCCGUCUUCAAAGCGGCCUGCGCCUCGCGCCACGCGGGGCCCGACGUCGCCGACAUCAUCAAGGCCACGCAGACGACGCUCCCGCCGGCGAUCGUAUCCGCCAUCCUCGACGGAGCCCUCCGCCUCCUGCCCGUCGACGCCAGCGCCGAAGGCAAAAAGGUCCGGCGCGAGGAGCAGCAGGCGAGGGCCCGGCGCGCGCAGCACGCGGAGGACGAGUUCGUCGCGGCCAUCCGGCGGUUCCAGCCCGCGAUGCUCGACGAGGCGCAGCAGCGGCGGCGGGCGGCGUCCGUCGCGACGCCCGACGUGCUCUUCCCCGAGCCGACCGAGUUCGCCGGGGAGACGUGCCGCUGGGUCGAAUACAAGGACAUGUUCGGGUUCAAGGCGAACCCGUUCGUGCAGGCGAAGAUCAGGGAGCAGUGUCGCCGAUACGCAUCGCUCUUCGGCCCCGGGAUGAUCGUGUACCGGCUGGGCUUCGAGACGGGCCUUCUCGGCGGCAUCGAAGGCGUGCAUGUCGCGCGGGAACGGGAAGUCUGCCUGUGGAUCGGUCGGCAGCGGUGUAUAUAG